AUGGCGCCGGACCCGGAGUCCCCAGCAGCCGGCGGCUACCGCCGCAUCCUGGUGCCGCAGAAGCGGCGCCCGGCGUCGCCGGCAGCGCAGCUUCCGGGCUGCGUGGCCGGGGUGGUGGCAUCGGGGGCGGUGGCCUUCGACUGGGAGGCCGGAGGGUCACCGGUGCAACGACGCUUGAGGAGUUCCUCACCCAAGACCUGUGAAGGGCUGAGAGGCUCCUUGGUUCUGGGCCAGCAUAGUCCGCGACCGUACCACAAUGAGGAGAAGACCACGUUUAUGUUCGACUCCUCUCCUGCGAUGGGCGGGGUGCGGGCACGAUCGUUGCGGAGAAGUGGGUUAUCCGCAGCUGCGCGAAAUCUUUCCCCUACAUGGACUAUGGGGGAGAACUUCCCUCCAGAGGCUGCGCAGGAGUCCUUCCCGACAAAGCGUCGGAGUUUGAGCCCACGGAGCUUGAUGUCGCAGAUCCUCAAUGGGGAGGAUGAGCCAAUUCACCGCCGCCUCCGCGGUCGUGCGCCAGCACUGCGGCUUUCUGGGCGCCGGGCGGUGGAAACUUUCGUCCCAGUAACAGCGGCUCAGCCAUUGACAAUGUUCAAGCCAUCUCCGGCGCUACCGGAACGCCAGAGCAAAGAAGAUGCGGCCAUUGCCAUGGAAACAGCAAGGCCCAUCAUGUGGUUUGGUGAAGAUGGCCAGGAGGAGCGUUGGAGUCCCUUUUCCUGGUCUCCGAAGCCCAUCACCCGUGCCGGUGAGUUCUCCCCACGUCGCGCGGGCCGCGGGCUCGUUGAGGGGAGCCCCAGAAGUCACAGUCCAGCAGGACCCAAGAGCCCCACGGUCUACGGCAUUGAAGGUCGAUCCCAUCGUAAGGGCCUUUGCUCCCCCAGAGAUGUGCGAUGUAGCGUUUUUGAGGCAGACAGCACCGACUGCAACUUGAAGCGCGGGAAGCUCCAGGUGAAGACGGCUCCCCCAACUGGCGGUAUGUCAGCGGCACUGCAGUGGCGUGGCUGA